AUGCGCCCAUCGCGGUCAUUGUCAGAUUGGCGCGAGAACCUCACGAACUCCAACUACCGACGGAUGAUGAGUACAAAUAACUUGGAUUCGGAACAUACCGCUCAGCUGUCGCAGAACCAACUGCUCGAUUAUUUUGGGGUUAUUGACACGGAUAAGGGCCGCCUUUGCGAUUACUAUCUCGGGGCCCCCGAUGGUGUGGUGGUACAAGGACGUGGCGACGUCCCACCGCACUCUGCCGGCCAUCCGAAAGAUCUCACGCUGGCCUCGAAGGAAGGAGACUCCUGCAAAGGACCGCAAGACGCUAUACACUUGUACCAAAAUGAUUUGUGGUAUCUCUUCAACGGGCGUCUAGGAUAUAUGUACCCAGAUGACUGUCGACGCUGUGAUUAG